AUGGCGGCAUCAGAUGAAUCGGGUCCCGCUGAAGAGGUCCCGCUCGAACUAAUGGUGUUCAGCUGCGGCAUAUGUCAGGCCACUAUACCGGACAUAUACGCCACUCAAGAGAGCAAUCAAGGCUUCCAUAGCGGAUUGGGCGCUGAAAACGGCGUUGUCACGCGACUAUGGAUCGCCGACUGCUCGCACAUCUUCUGCGCCAAGCAUCUGCCCGGUGGAGGAGCACCGUUUCACCCUGCUGGUCAGCAGCCCCGGGCAACUUGUCCGCACUGCUUUGACAGUAACGGCGACGACAAGCCGAAGAAUCUGUACGGAAUUCGAGGCUUCGCAGAUGGAGAUUUGGAUACCGCAAUCCCAUCCAGCUGGAUGCGCUGUCCUGCGAUUGAGCUCAAUGGUUGCGUUGACGGGAUGGAGGCUUUACGCUUCCAGUACGUCAACAUUGCACGUUACGCACAGGGUGUUACCAAGCACUGGAGGCGUGCUGAGCGCCAUCAACGUGCAAUGCAGUCAGCAUACACCAAGGAACGACAGCAAAGACGCGAAACCGAGCAGCAAGUGCUCGUUCUCGAGGCUCGGGUGGAGAAGCUCGCAAAGCUUGAAGCCAAGCUGCAAAAGUGGGAAGCUCGCAAGCCAGCCAUCAAUCAUUACCUUGCUGUUGUGACUUACAUGUCAGAGUGA